CUUCUCUGGUGAACGGAAUCCUAUGCGUCUGAAAUCAUUCUUAUCCUUCUUUUCGAUGUAGGGCAGAUCUUUUUUUUUUUUUUUACAAAGGUAAAGUCUCAGCCUACCCAGACAGCCUGUUAAUGUGAAUAGGAGUAUCGAUAGGUACCAAUAAUGAUUUCCUGAAUAAUAUGAGACGUAACUGGUUUUCAGUUUGUGUGUAUGGGUGUGUUUGUGUGUAAAAAAAGAACAAGUUUCGUCAAUCUAAAGCUGGAAAAGUUCAGCGUCCCAUUCCGUGCGUGGAAAACUACACAGGGCAAAUCCUGUCAGGGCUUUCCUGAUCACAUGACCGUUCCCGUGGGAAGGGAACCGUCAGUUCACGUGAGCACAGUGCGUUAAAUUCAUGACUUCAUUCCCAAAGCCGCUGACCUUUGACCCCCUCCGUUCACUUAGCCAUUGAAACUUCGCCCUCGCCGCAUAAGAAUACAUAAACCCGCGUUGCGUCGCUCCUGUGGUCACGGUUCGGGCAAUUUGAGUCGGAUUUAUUUCGACAUUUGACGUAUGGUUUGUUAAGGAAAACAAUACGAUGCAAAAUGCAUGAGUUAAAGAGAGUGAAGCUGACGAUGCCUAUAGAUUCCCGCCGCUGCAGGAAUGGCCUGAGUGUGUCUGUGGACUGAAACUGAGUUGCUGAUAUGUAUUAAAAUGAGCGGCAUAGGGGAAAACUCAUCCGACCCUCCUAGGGUCGAGUCUCAAAAACGCAAAGAAUGCUCAUCAGAGCUCUUGGGGCCCAGCCCCAAGCGAAGCACCGAGAAGCGAAACCGGGAGCAGGAGAAUAAAUACAUUGAAGAACUCGCUGAGCUGAUUUUCGCCAACAUCAACGACAUCGAUAACUUCAAUGUCAAGCCUGACAAAUGUGCAAUCCUGAAAGAAACUGUGAAACAGAUUCGUCAAAUAAAAGAGCAAGAGAAAGCGGCUGUGUGCAGUGAGGACGAGGUGCAGAAGGCCGAUGUCUCGUCAACAGGUCAAAGUGUUAUUGACAAAGAUGCCCUCGGACCAAUGAUGCUGGAGGCCUUGGAUGGCUUCUUCUUUGUGGUGAACAUGGAGGGGAACAUUGUGUUUGUGUCGGAAAAUGUGUCCCAGUACCUGCGCUACAAUCAGGAGGAGCUUAUGAACACAAGUGUUUACAGCAUUUUACACGUAGGAGACCACACAGAGUUUAUUAAGAACCUGCUGCCUAAAUCACUCGUGAAUGGCGUCCCAUGGUCGAGCGAGGGCUCCAGGAGGAACAGUCACUCGUUUACAUGCCGCAUGCUGGUGAACCCAGAGGAGGCGCAGGAGCAGGAGGCACAGAAAUAUGAAACCAUGCAGUGUUUCACUGUCUCAGAACCCAAAUCCAUUAAAGAGGAGGGCGAGGAUCUGCAGUCAUGUCUGAUCUGUGUAGCAAGGAGAGUACCUCUGAAGGAGCGACCGAUGCUCCCCACACACGAGAGCUUCACCACACGGCAAGAUCUCCAAGGGAAGAUCACGUCCUUGGACACCACGAUGUUACGAGCCUCUAUGAAGCCUGGAUGGGAAGACUUAGUAAGGAGGUGUAUCCAGCGCUUUCACCUACAGAACGACGGAGAUAUUUCGUAUGCCAAACGUCACCAGCAAGAAGUAUUGAGACAGGGCCAGGCGUUCAGUCCCAUCUAUCGGUUCUCGCUUUCUGACGGCACCAUCGUCUCGGCUCACACCAAGAGCAAACUCGUCCGCUCUCCGGCCACCAACGAGCCGCAGCUUUACAUGUCACUACACAUUCUUCAGAGAGAGUCAACUGUAUGUGGCAUGGCACAAGAACUGGGCAAACCCAUGACCCCACUGACCACAAUAACAUCCCCAAACCCAAUGAGCGGAAAUGCUCAGGGACAGGAGGGCAUAGUUAGUAGCAACACGCAUGCCUUUUCGUCUCCAGGAGCCCAUAAAGAUUUCCGUUUUGGCUGCCCAGGUACCACUCAGGGCACUGGAUACCCACUGAAAAUGAGCAGCCCAUCGCAUCGCCCCAGUCCCGGAGUAACCAGCUCCCCCCGUUUACCCCCAGCCCAGUUUGCCCUUACCAAUCCCCUUCAUUCACCCGCAGGCAUGUGCCCGGGCAACGGUAGUACUCAAGUGUUCACUAGCAGUUCCCUUAAUGCCCUUCAUGCUCUUAGUGAGUGCCAAUCCAUUAACCAGUCUCUGGGCUCACCUGAUUCCAAAAAAUUAGAAUCCCCAGCCUCAGGAGGAGUUGGUCCUCAAACGUUGCCCAAAAUGGAGUCAUUCGGGGAGCCUGGGCGAAGUGGAAACGGGCAUGACGGGCAUGAAAACGACAACAUCAGGCAUCAAAGGGAUGAAAAAGGCAACCCGGGUCAGUUCAACAGCUCGGAUGAAAACAAGAUCCAUGAAAGCAAAGGGCACACGAAGCUCCUCCAGCUUCUCACCACUAAAAACGAGAACACGGAGUCGUCCUCCUCGCCGUCGCCAGGGCCUGAGAAAGAACUGAUGACUGGCCAUCAACCUGGCACAUCGGGAACCAGCGCUACGUCCUUAAAGGAGAAGCACAAAAUCCUGCAUCGGCUCCUGCAGAACAGCACGUCGCCUGUGGACUUGGCAAAGAUCACGGCCGAGGCGACGGGGAAAGAACCGGGCCACGACGGGACCAACGUGGCCGACAUCAUCAAACAGGAAGCGGCGAGUCCGAAAAAGAAAGACAAUGCCCUUCUGCGCUACCUGCUGGACAACGACGAGAACACGAUUAAGGACAAAGGAAUAAAGACGGAGACGGACGAGAUUAAGAUGGAGGGGAGUAACAUGGUCACUGUGAAGAAGGAGAAACCGGAUGGAGGAUAUGAGCAGGCAGAGCAGUCCAGCGAGCUGGAUGAUAUCCUGGACGACCUGCAGAACAGUCAGCCGGGAUUUUUCUCCGAAGCUCGUCCCAUGUCACUGCCAGCUGCCGUCGAUAAGCAGGCAAUCAUCAAUGACAUUCUGCAGAUCACAGGAGAGGGCGGGGUACAGCCCAGAACAGUACAGAAUUUCAGUGGUCCGAGGCCUCCAGGUCGGGUUCCUCCCAUGCGAAGCAUGUCUUUGGACAUGAAUGUCUCAGCUAAAGGCUCGCCGGGUCAGUAUCCAAUUAUGAGGAACACCACUCCAUAUUCUCUCAUCCAGCAGCAGCAGCAGCAGCAGCCGCAAGGCAUGAUGGGAAAUCAGGGCAUCAUUUCCAACCAGGCCAACAUGGCAGAUGUUUGGGCAUCUCAGGGUGUGAGCUGUCCCUCCCCUCAGGGGGCGCUGCAGGGACGCAUGGUGCAAAACACAAACAUGCCGGUCAGACCCAGCAACCAAUCAGGAGCCAGGCCCAUGCUGCAGGGCCAGAUGAUGCCCAAUGCCCAGUCUGUGGAAAUGGACAUGAGUCUGGCAGGCCCUACAUUUCCACAGCAACAGGCUCCACCCAAUCAGACAGCUCCACCCAAUCAGACAGCUCCGUGGCCUGACAGCAUGAUGCCCAUUGAGCAGGUGGCAUUUGGAGAUCCAAACAGGUCCCUAUAUGGUGCACCACAGGAUGAUGUGCUGUGUGCAGCUGAAGGACCUGCUGAUGAAGGUGCUUUACUUAAUCAGCUCUACACUGCCCUCAAAGACUUUGAUGGUCUGGAGGAGAUUGAUCGAGCUCUGGGCAUUCCAGCACUCGUGGGACAGGCGCCGUCAUUAGACCCUGAGCUGUUCCCAGGUCAGGAUCAAAGCCUGCUGAUGGAGCAGAAGCCCAUUUACCCUCAGCAGCAGUACGCUGCUCCACCGUCCCAUAACACACCAGGAGGCUUCGCUACGAUGCAGGACCCUGGUUACCAUGGCAUUGGGGGAGCUGUAGGGCAAAGGCCAGGAUUUCCCAUGAUCCGCAUGCAGCCCAGACCAGUUCUCCGGCCACCCGGGAGCGUCCCGAAUCAACCUAAUGCACUCAGGCUGCAGCUGCAGCAUCGACUACAAGCACAGCAGAAUCGCCAGCCUAUGAUGAAUCAGAUGACUGGAGUGUCAAGCAUGAACCUACCUCUAAGACCUAAUGUUCCGAAUCAGGGGACCAUUAACGCUCAGAUGCUUGCGCAGCGUCAGAGGGAGCUGCUCAGUAAUCAUUUGCGUCAGAGGCAGCGCAGCAUGGGCAUGCGACCUCAGGGCCUCAACGUGCCAUCCAAUAUGGCUGCCGGCACCAUGGGCGGUGCCCAGAUUGCCCAUGCCAACCCUACACACUUCCCCUAUGCACCCAACUACGGAAUAACUCAGCAGCCUGACGGUGGGUUCGGAGGUGCGACGACCCCUCAGAGUCCCCUCGUGUCCCCUAGAAUGAGUCACGCCCAAAGCCCCAUGAUGCAACAGGGUAAUGUCACAUUUCAGUCGUCUCCAGAGAUGAACGGCUGGACGCAGGGCAAUAUGAACACCAACAGCAUGUACACUCAGCAAGCCAGCAGCGGUGUGUAUAACAGUAACGGCAUGAGCAUGAACGUGCCCAUGACUCCCAACACCAACAACAUGAGCAGCAUGGGCCAGAUGGGCACGGAGCAGCCGAAGUACUGUUGACCAUGAGUGGACAAAGCGCGAUUUCCACCAGCAUGGGCCAAGAGCGAGUCUGUGCCCUGCAGAGGGUCCCUACUCAUCCCCAAAACCCUACAACUCUACUUCCCCCUGCUGGAGGGAGAUCACACACACACAUACACACACAUAUACACACACACACACAAAAUUUUAUAUUUUGGACCUUGAGUGUCACCGAUUUAAAUCUAUGGAUCCUACACACACACACACACACACACAAGGCAAAGUCCAUUUGUUGUAUAUGUAUAAAACCGCAUUCACCGUAGUGUGACUUAGCGUGACUCUCCUAUAAACGGUGGCAUCAGGAUCCUGUGAAUGUAUUCUCUCGCUCUCUCUCUCUCUCUCUCUCUCUCUCUCUCUCUCUCUCAGUGAAGCAAAUCCACACACACUCUCGUAUUCCCCUACUGUUCCCACAGUCCCCACACAAACACCAUGGCUGCGCUCAACGUUUAGCCAUUUUUGCCUUUUUCAUCUUUUUUUUCUCUCUCUCUCUCUAAAGUGAGAGUAAUGUUAAAGAUUAAAACUCUGCACAGAUCUAAAUGGUUUGCGGGCAGAAUAACGAUUCACGAAAUUUGAUAUUAUUCUGCCCGGUGUGUCAAAGGAACAGUUCAGCCAGGAAUAAAAUGUACACAGUCCCCCCCCCUGCUUAUACUCCCAAAUAUAGUCCCAUCAGCCAAGACAUGUUUUUUUGUUUGUUUACUUGUUUGUUUACUUGUUUAGCUUUGCCCCCGGAGUUACAAGACUAAUGUAGAUAACAAGUAAGGACAGUUUGUCUCGCCGAAAAUAUUUUCCAUAAACACAGAUUAAUAACUCUGUGAAGAUUUUUAACUCGACUAAACGAUUUUGUGUGAAAGUACGUGAUGGUCUGUAUUUAUUUUCAAAAUUUAUAUCCAUAUCAUCUAGCUAACGGAUAAUAUGCCGACAUUAACGGAACAUUCAGUAGGCUAUUCUACAGGUUUUAAGAAUGGUAUGCUGUAGGAUUACAAAAUGAUUGCAUUAUUGCAAUCUUAAAAUCGUUUCUUGUAACGUUAUCGGAACGUUUCACUCUGUUCCCGAAACGCAUUAAGAGUGUUUGGGUUAACAUCCCCUACAACUAAAAAAAGGUUGCAGCAACGUUGUAGGAAUGUUUAUGAAUGUUACAUAUAAGAAAAAAUUUUUUAAUGAAAACUCGGUUAUAUUUUGCAUUAAUUAAGAACUGGAUGUAGUUUGACGCACAUGUUUACAGAACAGAUUCUGAAUGAUUUGGACUUUUAUAACUUGAUAGCAUCAUUAACCCCCAGAGGUCCAGUGUGAAACUAAAGAAGUGAAUAUACGAGAUGAAACGUGUCUUGGCUGAUUGAUUAUGUUUGAGGUAGUGAUGACAUUAUGUACAUUUCCUUUUUUUUUGUUUUUUUUUUUGUUUUGUUUUUUGCUAUACAAAUUGCUAUAAAUUUUAUUCUAUUCUCAUGUAUAGAUUUUUUUUAAAUGUAGAUAUCUAUAAUGAGCUAGCGAUGAGAAGAAAUCCUGGAGUGAUGCAGUGAACUUCGCAUUUGCUUCUUUAUCUGUAUCACUUAAUAUUUAUAAUUAAGAAAGUUUGGAUUUUGGUCCAGUAGUUUCAGAUUAGAGCAAAUCAUUGAUUUUUUUUUUUUGUGUGUGUGUGUGCUUAGCUGAUAGAUUGUACAUACCAAUAAUAAAAAAUAUAUAUAUAAAAAAAUAUAUAUAUUUAUUUUGGAUUUUCAGCUCUUCCGUUUUCCCCUUCAGCCUGGUCUUAACUGCUUCUAGAAUGUUUUCACGUGCGUGUGAUUUUUUUAUUUUAUUUUUAUUUUUAUUUUAUUUUUUGUAAAGCUUAGGGCUGGGCGAUAUGGGCAAGACAUCAUAUCAUGAUACUUACACUUUCACAAUAUAUGACAAAUUGUGGUUUGCUAAUAUAAUGUAUGUGAAAAACAGCAAUGCUUUUUAAAGAAAAACAUUUUCUAAAUCUGGCUGAUUUUUUUUUGACUGCUCAAAACCAGGAUCGAGAGAAGAAAAAGAUAGAUUUUAUAGACAUCCACUGACUGACAUGAGCAACCGUGGAGUCAGUGUCAUGAAAGCAUUACUGCUUAUCACAUUGUUAUAUCGCCUGGCCCUUCCUAUGGUACUGAAGCAGAUGAAGCGGGUUACUUUAGACUGUGUGUGUAUGUGUGAGCUCGCCGUGUGUACGGUGUACAGCUAACUGCUUUGCUUCUCAGCCUUUUAAAAUUAAAAACCCAACACAGCCAUAAACUCGGCACUGACGUGUUGCUUUUGUCUGUCGUGUUCCAAAAAGACGAGCAAUAACUUAGUAAACGUUGCUUUGUUCGUUUUGUAAUUUUGUACAAAUUUUGCGUUCCCAGUUUUUGGACCCAGUAUUACGGAUGGACGUUUUUUAUUGCGGUUUAUAUUUUCGGGGGAGAAAAAAAAAUACUACUAAUAAUGUUUAAAUCCGUAUGUUCCUCAGUGAUAAGCCGGUGUUGGUGGGACAGCGCUGGACUUCAGGGUGGCUAUAUUCUUACCAACAGGGUCUGCAGAUCAUUAUAUCAGUAUAUGGAAAUAAGAGAGUGGGUGUGUCUUAAAGCCAUGGAUGCAAAUGUGGGUGACUCAGUCCAUAUAUGGAAAUAAGAGCAUCUCUGAGUUGGUGUGUUUAAAGCUAUUAGGAAUAGCUGAUAGGAAUUUCCAUAUAUGGAAGUCAGUCAGAGGAAAAGUGUUAGCUGAGAUAACCUGAUAGGAUUUGAAGUCAUAUUCAUUAUUGUUUAUAAUAAUCACUGUACAUGCUAGCCACACAGCUAAAUGUUUAUAAUAUAAUUUUGAUAUGCUAGUCAACUAGCUAACAUGCAUUCACCUGACAGGAUUUCUAACAGGAUUUUUUGGUCCAGGUUAUAAAUGUUUGUCAUAUACACUGAUAUGCCAGCCAGCUAGCUAGCAUGGACUAACCCGAAACGCUUUUUGACUACUUUUGAAGAUCUGGUGCUAAUCAGAAAUGUCCUUUCGAUUCGAUAUCUUUCAUAUUAUGGGCUCAAAGACACACCCGCCAGUCUUCAUGUGCCAAUAAUCAGUAAUACAAUAUUUUGUGAUAUUUAUUUAGCACCAUAUUUGUAAAAUAGAGCCUUCAGAGUAUCCCCUGGUACUCUACAUUGCAUUUGGGUGUAAGCAGUGGUUUUGGGGAGAUAAAGCCUGUCCCUUUCAAAUGCACCAUAAAGACAGGUGUCUUAUAAGGUCCUUUGAUUUCGACAUGGUUUUAGGCAUCCUUCUCAGGGAAAGGGAGUCCCAUGAAUCUGUUUAACGUGAAAGUUUGAGCAAUAUGUCAGUACCAGUGCGGAUCUCUGGUCGUCGUUAAAGUUGCGCAUAAGUCGUCCAUUUACUAUUUUAUUUUCUCAAAAGAGGUCUCUCUUUUCCAUUCCUUUUACACACACUACUCCUUUAUGGUUGACACUUUCGAAUCCCAUUUGGACAUCACUCUGUUUGGAAGUCCAGCGCUGUUGUCCUGGAGGGACACUUGGUUGGGAGUAGCCACUUCUCGAAUCCAAAGAUAGUCGCCAUUUCAAAUGGGUAUAAGCCAUGAGCUGGAGGCGCUGUGGGGUUUUCUAAAGCGUUUUUAUGAGCCACUUUACAUCGAUACCUGUAGUUUCUCUGUUGUGAGUGUCAUUGUGCUCUGUAGUCAGCCAAUAGCAUAGUGCUAACUGCAGGAAGCUAAGAUGCUAAACGCUAUAUGUUGCCUUAGACCUUAAUGUUGCAUAAGAAGAGCUUUGUGUUACAUCUGUACAGUCAGUCACAAUAUGAGCUCACCACCGUUCCCAAUCACUUUACUCACUGUGCCUUUCCUUGUCGCUGGGGUGGUAUCUUUUACCUUGAGAAAGUGUACCUUUAAGUGUACACUAUAUACCCUUUGAUGGAUAGAUCCAGGUAAAAGAUCCAUAUUAAAGGUACAAAAGAUAAGGGUUCCACCCCAGCAGCACAGAAAGCACUCUAGUGACUAGUCUCUCUCUCUCUCUCUCUCUCUCUCUCAUCCAUUUUUGUUUUUUUGUUUUUUGUGAUCAGCUGUGGGUUUAUUAUUAUUUGUACAGUUCUGAUUUCAUCCAUUCAGUCAUAAUGAUGAUGAUUAUGAUGAUGAUGAUUAUGAUAAUGCAACGGGAAAUCGAAGCAAUAGCCUAUGUAAUUUAUGGACCUUCUGCAGUAAAGCCGACAGUGUUGCGCGUUAUGAAAUGUAUUAUUAUUAUUAUUAUUAUUAUUAUUAUUAUUGUUUUUUUUUUUUGUUUUUGUUUUUUUUGUGUCCGUGCACAUUGAGAGCUCAUCUGUUCACGCGCCUCGGUAUUUCUGAUAUUUAGUGUGUGAGCGUUUUAUGCAAAACUUUAAAGAGGUUAUGCAAGUUGGCAAACUAACGCGGCUUCGCGGAUGCUGUUUGAUGUUUGGAAAUAAUAAUAAAUUACUGUUGUAAAUAAAGAAUUCUGUUUAAAAACCAAA